CUUGCCAAAGGGCACGUCAGCAGGACAGGUGCUCUUUGUGAUUGUGUUGCUUCUUUCACUGAAUCCGCCCCAUGUGUUGUUUCUCUCUCCAGGUUUAACCAGUGUUUCUCUAUGGCUUCACGUCUGAGAGCUUACAUGACUGAUAAUGAACCUCUGAUUCUGGAUGGUGGACUAGCGACUGAACUGGAAGCUCAAGGAAUACAUUUACAGGGAGAUCCGUUGUGGAGUGCCAGACUGUUGCACACCAAUCCCCAGGCCAUAAGAGAGGCUCAUUACAGGUUCCUCCUCAGUGGAGCUGAUGUUAUCACCACAGCCACAUACCAGGCAAGUAUCACAGGGUUCAUCACUCACAUGGACGUGAGCUCUGAAACUGCCAGAGAGCUGCUGAUGUCUGGUGUUCACCUGGCCAAAGAGUCAGUGAAGAGAUUUGUCUCCGACAGCCGUCCAACAGAGCAGAGAUCUCCCUUGGUGGCCGGCUCUGUUGGACCAUACGGGGCUUUUCUGCACAAUGGUUCAGAGUACACUGGGGCGUAUGCAGAGGAGAUGAGUAUUGAGGAUCUUAAAGCAUGGCAUCAGCCACAGAUUGGUUGCUUAGCAGCAGCAGGAGCUGACCUCAUUGCUUUUGAGACGAUCCCAAGUAUCAAGGAGGCGGAGGCUCUGGUGGAGCUGCUGAGAGAGUUUCCAAACACCAAAGCCUGGCUCUCCUUCUCCUGUAAGGAUGGGAUGUGCAUAUCAGACGGCAGCCUGUUCACAGACGCAGUGAAGAUUGCGAACAGAUCCACACAACUGGUCGCUGUAGGAGUCAACUGCUGCUCUCCAGCACUGGUGGAGCGGCUGCUGGACUCUGCAGGCUCCCUGCUGAGCCCAGAUAUGAGCUGGGUGGUGUACCCCAACAGUGGAGAGGAGUGGGACACUGAGCAGGGGUGGCUGACGUCAGGAAAAACAUCAGCAUCAAUACCCAAACUCAGUCAUACAUGGAUGAAGCAAGGUGCCUUUUUGAUAGGAGGCUGCUGCCGUAUUGGUCCUGCUCACGUAAAAGAGUUACGACAACAGUUAAAAGGAAGUUGUACGUCUGCAGCCUCUGCAGUGUGACUGGACUGAGACUGUAACAGUGAUAGUCACAAAGACAGAAGUCUGUCCUGGG